UUAUUAUGUUAGGCUUUUUCGUUAUUCAUGGAAACCAUUUUAUUCGCUUUUCUGUGACGUUCUCUACAUUCUGGUUGUUGGUCGGGUUGUCCAGGCGCAGGUCGCCGAGUAAAAUGUAACCAAUUUCGUGUGAGGGUAUUAAUAUUUUCAACAAGCCCUAAAAUACCCCUAACUCGUUGGUUUCAUCGUCAAACAAAUUAUUUCCCUCGUCACUCCACCGGGAUACCUCGCUGUAAAGAUAUCUGUUUCUUUAGCAAUGAUUUGGUCUGUUUCCUAACAGUUAUUUAUAUGUAAAGCGAUGAUGGCUGCUGGUUUUUCUUUGGAGGAAACGGCUGCAGACAAUAAAUCUUCCUGCUAAUUAAACGGAGGAGGGAUUUCAGCUGGACACCUACAGCCUGUAAAAUUCUGAGUAACUGAUCGUUUUCAGCAAAUGAUACAGAUAUUAGCUUUUUUUUUUUUUCUUGUUGUCAAGUAUGGGUUAUAGUGAGACUUUUCGCAAUCAAGUAUUUGGAUGUGAUAACUUUGUGCAGUGGUCUUAAUAAUCAUAAUGUGACAUGUCAGAUUCAAAAACUUACAGUGCAUCUGAUAAGCAGAACAAGCUUAAAUCAUAAACAUGUCUGAACAAGCAUACCAGUCACCAGCUUCUUCUGACAGAAGCCUGAGCACCCCAGAACCACAGAGGACGGGCUCCUGGAAGACACCCAUACAAAUCCUGUAUGAACAUGGCGUCGUUAUUGGAGACCUCCCUGUGUUUGUGAUGGAGAAAGCAGAAGGAGAGGCUCACCAGCCCAGCUUUGUCUUCAGCGUGACAAUAAGAGGCGUUAAAUGUACAGGUCAGGGACCCAGUAAAAAGGCAGCUAAGCAGCAGGCUGCAGAGGCCGCACUGAAAAUUUUGAACAUCGACUCUGAAAGUGGGGCUGUUCCUGAGAGGUCCAACACUAACGGCGUCAUAGCAGAACCAAACAACCCCGUGGGCCUGCUGCAGGCCCUGGCGUUGCAGAGACGAUGGCGUGUUCCUGAGUACAUAAAUUUAAUAGAGAUCGGGCCGCCGCACCGAAAAGAGUUCACAAUAAUCUGUAGACUGGAGUCGCUCACAGAACAGGGGGCUGGAAACACCAAAAAAGCAGCAAAAAAAGAAGCGGCAGAGAAAAUGGUGGCGAAGCUUCAGAGUUUAUCGGGAUCCUCUGAGAUCACAUGGACUCCUAAUCCGAGCGUUUGCUUUGAGAACAUCAGGAACUCCACAGCAGAGAAGAUCUCUCUACUCAGGAGGAACCCUCUGAGCAUUCCCAACACUGACUACAUCCAGAUGCUGCUAGAUCUCUCCAAAGAGCAAGGCUUUGAGGUCACAUACUUUGACAUAGAUGAGCUGACGGUGAACGGUCAGUACCAGUGCCUGGCAGAGCUGUCCACCAAUCCCGUCACCGUGUGCCACGGCACCGGCAUCUCCUGCAGCAACGCCCACAACGACGCCGCGCACAGCGCCCUCCAGUACAUGAAGAUCAUGGCUUCCAGCAAAUAAAAAUCCCACCAGCACCUGCAGAUUCUCUACCUGACCCCCGUCAUCUGUACCCAUCUGUGUCGCAGAGCAGCUCCACUUGAUUUCUGCUGGUUUUAUUGGAACUGAUGAGAUGAAAAGAUCCAAAACUUUUAGCAUAAGCAGGUAUAUCAUGGUGCUUUUAAGAGGCUUCAACUAUCCAGAAUAUUUAAGCAAAUGUUAAGUAAGAACAGCGAAUUAGCUUUUUAACAUGCCUUGAACUAAUCAUGCUUUGCUCAUUUAGAUUUUACACUGCUGACUCGGUUCUUUCACUUGAUUUACAGUCAGGAAGCAAGUUGCUUCAGUUUCCAGUUAGUUUCUUUUUUUUAUUUUUUAACUGGCAUCACAGAACAUUAUAUAUCAGGAGAAGUAAUAGUUUGACUGCUAGAAAUGUUAUCCAUUUAAAUCCACCCCGGAAAUUCAGUUUGUAAACAGUGGAUCCAGAAAGUGUUCACAGUGCUUCACGUUUUCUACAUUUUCUAUUACAAACCUAUUCCAUAUUGUUUGAAUCUCUUUGCUCAAGACAAUUCUUUUGAUUUCAUUCUUUGCGUUUGACCUCUGACCUGCGCUAUUAACUGUGGAACCGUAUGUAGAUGCAUGUGCCUUUCAAAAUCGACUCCAAUCAACUGUAUUUACCACAGACUGACUCCAUUUAAGCUGCAGAAUCGUCUAAAUGUUGAGCUUCAUUGCAAAGGCUGUGAAAACUUACAUAAAUGGGAUUUCUUCAUUACGUUUUUUUUUUUUUAGUAAAUUUGCAAAAAUCACUUUUUUUCAAUAUUGUCAUAAAAUGGUAUAUUUGUGUGUAGACAUUAAUUUAAGACGAUUUAGAAUAACGGUGUAAUGAAUGCGGUUUGUCCUUAAAACAGCUACUUUCAUAUUCUCAUGCGGUGCAGCUACUUGUAUAGAUGUGAUCCUCUUAACAACGCUCCCAACCUGUGCAAGACCGGAGCCUCUGUUUGUUUUGAAACCAGCAAAUAAUCCCAAUCAAACUCCUGAGUUAUGGCUGCUCACGGUCGGGCUGAUGGUUGUUGAUUGUUGCAGUCAUUGCUGGAGAUAUUUCUCCAAGGAGCUGUCCGACAGGCGGCCGUCAAUUUGUUUGGGCCGCGCGCGUCUUCCAGUUCUGGUCCGCUUACGUCACAGAUGGUCCACAUGUGGAUUCAGUUUUGAUUUGUUUAGCUUAAUACCAGUAGUAAUGAAGAAUGCCCGGUGUACAAAACGAUGAGAUAGUUCUUCACUGACCAUAGAGAUGGUUUUUGUUUCAAAAUUUUGGAAAAUACAACACAUUUUUAUGAUAAAUUUCAGGUUUUUUGGGGGAUUUUUUUAUGGAUUUAGUUCAGUAGUCAUACAUAUUAACAAUUUUAAAUGUGGUCAAGUGCUGAAGUUGAGACCAGAUGGUUGCAUACAUUAGAAAAUAACACAAGGUUUUGUUUUUAUUCUUCUCACUGUUUAAAGUUACAUUAGACUAAAUUCAACCUUUUUUUUUUUUUUGCGCAGUUCAGAUUACUUCAGUUAUUUCUGUUUACUAAAUGCCACAAUGAUGUCAUGCAAAAAUAUAUUUAUCUUAUCAAUUUCUUUGUGUUCACACACUUUGUGUUUACACACACUUUUUUAGUUCUUGGAAGAAUUGCUUGUUGCUGAAAUGUGCUGUACAUGUAAACUUACCUUGCUUCAUCUGCUCUCAAUUAGUGUUUUUUUCCCCUUUCAUCUUGACUGAAAGCAUUCUGAUGUUCAGUUUUGCCCCAAACCCUCAACCACAACUGCAGUUUCUCGAGGAAGUAAAAACAGACCCACUCCUCUGCUUGUCGUUUGCCAUUUUAUUAGAACAAGCACUAUGCAGCAGCAGUGUACAGUGUCCAUGGAAAGAUAUGUACUUAGUUAAAAUUGCACUUUAGAAGGUAUCCACUAGGGAGUAGAUCUGAAUAAAACCAAGCUGACUUUUA